AUGGUUCAUCCAACCUUACAUGACGUGACGCCGCCACCGCCAUGGACCCUCGUCGAGUUUACCUGUUCUGAUAAGGACACCGACGUGGAGUUUAUUAUCUCGUGCAGCAGGACGUUUUUCAGCUUAACGUCCACUGCAGCUAACCUUUCGGACUCACCUCAUCUAAAACAAAAAUAUCUCUUCUUUGUUGAGGUCGCUCGAAACUAUGAGCUCGAUGGUUGCACUAUUGAAGAUUUCUACGACUGGGCUGUUGAGCCUCUGUUCCCGGUCCUCAGAAGCAUGCCGCCAAUAGAAGAAGUCCCUUCGUUUCUCGACGAUUAUCUUUUUCCAAAGACCAUGGCCUACACACUUGGAGCUAAUUCUGGAAAGUUGACGGCGGUCCCGUCCCAAAGCAGUUUGGGGAAGGAGCCACAAUCCCGCUUUGGGGUUGUCUUGUCCGACGAGACCAGCUCAGGAUGGACAAGUUUUCAUCCUCGUGAGAUUCAACUCAUUCCUCAGCGUGUUCCAGCGUUUGGAACGCCCCCAUCUCAGACGCCCAACAAGGUUGUGUUGAAGGACGGGACGGUGGCUUUCGUCAAACUUGUCCGUCGCGGUGACAAGGGCAUCCUCAUGCGUGAAAUUGAGGUUUAUGCCCAAAUUAGAGCAAGACCGCUCGACGAGACACUGCGAAUCCCAAGACUCCUGGGACUGGUUCGAGACGGGAGCGGCUUUAUCUACGGGCUUCUUUUGACUUACGUCAAUUGCAGACGCUCCACACUCGCCUGCGCGGCCUCGAAAGCAAGCACACCGACUAUUCUAAGGCAGAAGUGGGCUACGCAGAUUCGAGAUACCGUCCACCAACUCCACAGCGCGGAUAUCGUUUGGAGUGACGCGAAGCCGGAGAACGUGUUGAUCGACGAAGACCAGAACGCAUGGGUUGUGGACUUCGGGGGCGGCUACACAGAAGGCUGGGUACCCAAGGAGUUGGCAGGCACGAAAGGGGGCGACUUACUUGGACUCGAGAAGAUCAUUGCGUUCGUUCAAGGAGCGGAUAGUUGA